GUCCCGCUAUAUGUCGUCGGCGAGGCAACAGCCACUGCUCUCCAUCCGCCCGAUCGCUGGCACAGCGCGCGUCCCUCCAAGGGGAAUGUCCACGGCGCCGCGAGCACGGGCACCUCCGAGAAGCUCACGCGGCUCAACAUCACACAGCUCACGAAUGUACCACCUGAGGAACCGUGCCGGGCACUGCUGAACCUCACGCGCGAUAAGAACCAGGACACUUUCAAGCACGUUCGAGGAGCAGUGGAGCCCGUGCAGGUGUACGAGACACAUGGGUCUGCGACGUUC